ACUAGUCCAAAGCAGCUUCAAUUUCUUUUAACUAGGUGUUUUUGACAGUAUUAAUAUUACACACGUAUCAAUAUCCGGUAUACAUAAUAUGGGAAAAGUGGGUGAUGAAUCUGAAUAUUUGAGAUCAGAAUUAGCACUGUUACAAUUCUCUGAUGCUAAUUCCAAAUCUCCAAUAUCUCCUUUGUUCAUACACAUUCAUGAUAAUGAUGACCAAACCAGUUUUGACUCUGAAUCUAAGCCCUCAUCACAAGAGCAGCAGAAUGAACAACAACAUCCAAAAGAUGAAUGGCUUCCACUAACUGAAUCAAGAAAUGGAAAUGCAUAUUAUGCAGCUUUUCAUAUUCUAAAUUCCAACAUUGGAUUUCAAGCUCUCAUGCUUCCUCUUGCCUUUUCCACUCUUGGUUGGAUCUGGGGUAGUGUGUGUUUGUCAAUAGCAUUCAUUUGGCAACUUUAUACAAUUUUUCUUCUAAUUGAGCUUCAUGAAUCUGUCUCUGGAAAACGUCACAGUAGAUAUCUCUUCCUUGCAAUGUCUGCAUUUGGUGAAAGAUUAGGAAAAGUAGCAGCACUAUUUCCAGUAAUGUACCUAUCAGGAGGUAGUUGUGUAAUGUUUAUAAUCACUGGUGGUGGGACAAUGAAGCUACUAUUCAAGAUUCUCUGCGAAAACGAUAAUGGGACAACAUGCGGUGCGCACUCACCGAACGGGGUGGAGUGGUUCUUAGUGUUUACUUGUUUGGCCAUACUCAUUGCUCAGUUGCCUAAUCUCAACUCAAUGGCUGCUGUCUCUUUGGUGGGAGCUGUUGCCUCUAUCAGUUACUGCACACUCUUUUGGUCACUUUCUGUUAAGAAAGGCAGGCCAAUGGGUGUUUCCUACAAAACAACGUUGGUUCCACAAGAAUCAACCUUGGUGAAGAUUAGUGACAUUUUGAAUGCUAUUGGAAUCAUUGUGCUAGCUUUCAGAGGUCACAAUCUUGUACUAGAAAUUCAGGGAACUCUACCUUCUAAUUCGAAAGAAACAUCAAAAGAACCAAUGCGCAGAGGAGUCACCAUUUCAUAUAUACUCAUUGCCAUGUGUGUCUUUCCUCUCUCAAUUGCUGGAUUUUGGGCAUAUGGAAACAAGAUACCUUCUGAUAGAGGAUUAUUAACAGCAUUCCCACAAUUCCACAAACAACAAGUAACAAAAUUCUCAAUGGGUGCAAUCUAUGUUCUAGUGAUACUGCAUUGUUUGAGUAGCUUCCAAGUCUACGCCAUGCCUGUUUUUGAUAACUUGGAGCUAAGAUACACAUCCUUAAAGAAUCAGAAAUGUCCACGAUGGUUGAGAACAUGCUUUCGGUUAUUCUUUGGAGGGUUCACAUUUUUUAUAGCAGUAACAUUCCCUUUCUUGCCAAGCCUUGCAGCUCUGAUAGGUGGAAUGACCCUUGUGCCCCUCACAUAUGCAUACCCUUGUUUCAUGUGGCUAGCUAUUGGGAAACCUCGUACAAAGGGUAUAGUAUGGUGGUUCAACCUCGUACUUGGUUGCUUAGGGAUGGUUCUUAGUGUUGUUUUGGUGGCCGCUGCUAUAAGGACUUUGGCUGACAAAGGGUUAAAUGCUAAUUUCUUCAAACCAUGAUAAAGGACAAGCAAACUACACAUUAUUCAUUAUUUAGCAAUAAUUUAUUGUUUUAAUGUCCCAAUUGAUAUUUUCAAUGGCUCACCAACCCCGCUAUUAAGAUGAGUCCCCCUUAACUUUAGAUAUAUUACAGAGAAUUAUUAAUUUUGAAAAUGUACAUAUAGAGCAAAGGUUUGUCUUGUUAUGAUAUUGGCUGUGUCACUUUUUCAUCCAUUAUGCUUGAAGAAAUGGAAGACACUAUUAAUACCAAAGUUUCAACUUACUACUAUCA